UUGAAGCAACACCUUACCAAGGGCAUGUACACAAUGGAUAUGUCGAUAGUGACCCCAUUACCAUAUCAAUGUGUGCACCAUGGUUGGCUGAACAUUGUGAAAACAUCACUCAUAAAGGAGAUUGUGUAUAACUUUUUUACGAUUGGCUCCGUCGUUCAGGUAUCAGGUAGACGUAUAUUCAGGACAUUGUAGUUUUGCACACAGUGUCAGAGUAGGGCGUGUCUCCGUACUUGAAGCGCUGCUCAGAUUCAAGAGAUUUUUUAUCAUCAUCUAUCGAUAUCGAAAUUUGAACGGAAGUCAUCAUGGAAAGUGGCACCGUAACGGAGACUACUCGCACUACAACGGUGGUGUCUACACAGCCUAUGGUGGGAGAAAGCCGAACAGUAAUCGUCCGCGGCCACACUACUGAACAUGAUUGGUCCAGCGGAUUGUGUGAAUGCACCAAAGACAAGAAAGCAUGUCUAUUGGCUUUCUGCUGCAUGCCGUGUUUCGAUUGCUAUGUGGCAUCUCGAUUGAAGGAAUUCAUAUGCCUUCCUCUUUUUAUCCCCUGCGGCGGUGACAUUGCUAUGCGUACCAAGCUUCGCAUCCAGGAAAACAUUCGUGGAUCUAUCUGUGACGACUGCUUGAAGCUGACGUUCUGCCCAUGUUGUGUUUUGGCCCAAAUGAACAGCGAGCUAGAUCACAUCGAGCACAAGAUCUAGUCACAGCCUGCCACAAUACCGACUGACAACUGGCUGUCUCUGAGUGUCAACCUUGCAUAAUUGGUAUAUCACAUACACGCGACUCACAUCUUGUAUGUCUUCGCUGGACGCUACGACUAUGGCUAUGAAUAGUUGACCUUUUGUCAGAUUUGAAUAGAAAAAUGCCGAAAGUUUAAAAUGAUUUCAAUAUGUGCAUCGCCCUAUCAUACUCUUGCCUUUUUAAGCUGCCGCUUUUUUCUGUAGAAUUAUUUUUGUAAUCAUAUUAAGCCUAGGCCUACUACAUAUUGCCUACAUUAUUUGCUUGUUUUAAUUAGGUUAUAGUGUUUGAAAGAGACACAGAGGGCUACCUAGGCCAUAAGCCUGGGGGUUUGGGCGGUAUCAAAUGAGGGGAAUAAUGCUCAUUGUGAUUUUCUGCAAUUAGCUUUGCACCGAUGUAGUUUGAAAAUAUAGCAUUGCAGCGGUGGCAGCAUGUUUCCACAUACUAAUCCGGUAACAAGCAUAUUGACGGCCAUUUUGAAGAAAAACAAAAUUAAAAGUGAUAACACCAAAAACUAACUGCCACCGCUCACACUUUGCUCCUUUUGAUCAUUUGAUACUGGUGGCCCAAUUUUCGGACUGAAGCUGAUAGCCUAACCUCAUGUACUGCUACUCAUAUAAACUAUGUGUUUUUUUAGUUUGGAUAUACAUGUUUGGAUAUACAUGCAUUGUAACUAUGAUGGCAUAUAUACGUUUGGGUACCGCGAUAUCUGUUGGUCGAUGUAGUGUUUAGCUCGACUGAUCAUGCAAAACAGUAGACAACUCUCCUCGGUUAUUCGUAAACUAUUAGAGACUAAUUUGACAUUUAUACUGAAAA